ACAAUUCACUCAUUUACUGGAUUUAAUUAAACAAAUUAAUACCAACAUUUUUAGCAUAGACCUGGAGGAGUAACACAGCAGGCAUUCAGUAAGACAAUAAAUGAUGAUUCCUGAAUUAAUCAGCAUAAUUCCUUGUAUUGGAUCUUGCUUUGGAUUACGUACCAGUUGUGCUCUCACGUCUCUUGCCUACAUUGUAUCCUGACCUGUUCAAAGACGGUCAAGGUAAGCAGCGCUGGAAUCAUGUCAGAGAUCGGACACAUUGGAGACACACAGGUCACCAGGAGUGGCUCAGAUCAGGAUGAGAAGCAGCCAAAACCGCAGCCAAGGAAAAGUAUAAAGAAGAACACAGGAUGGGGACACAUUGCUAUGUUGGACAAAAUUGAGGACUUCUUUCAGAUCUGUGACAGCGAGGGAAAGGGCUUCAUCACACGCACUGAUAUGAGGAGGCUACUCAAAGAAUUGCCACUCACUGCCGAGGAACUCGAGAACGUUUUUGACUCGCUAGACCUUGAAAAAAAUGGAUACCUGACCAUGGGAGAGUUUUCCUCCGGAUUCAGUAACUUUCUUUACGGACGAAGAGUCUCCAAAACUGAGGAACUAAUGAAUACACCCUCUCAGAGCUCAGGGGAUGAAGAGCUGUCAGGGAAAGAGGAUGAUGAAGAGAGACAUUUCAGUGUGUUGAUGGAGAGCUUGGGUGCUAGCAAUAUAUUUGAGGACCCGAGUGAGGUUCGCAGCCUGUGGACUCAGCUCAGGAAGGAUGAGCCUCACCUCCUGUCCAACUUCGAAGAGUUCCUGGCCCGUGUCACAUAUCAAAUCAAAGAGGCACAACAAGAGAGGAAGGAGAUGGAGAGCACCCUCAGAAGGAAAGCAGCCACACAUGACAACGAAAUUCGCAGAUUAUAUGAGGAAAUGGAGCAACAGAUCAUUAAUGAAAAAGAUCAAGCAAUUCUGAAGGACUCUGAAAAUCUGCAGUUGCGUAGUCAGGACCUCCAGCAGCGGCUCCGUAGUAAAGAACAGGAUUUAGAGCAGCUUUUCCAAAAACAAAGGAGGUUAGAGAGACAAUGCCGUGACCUUCAUAGCGAACAACAGGAGAGUCGACUGGAGAAUGUUAAACUGAAAAUGACCAAUGAGGAGUUGUCUCGUGAACUUGAGCACACCUGCCAAGAGCUGGAGUUGGCUCAGGAGCAGCUGGGCAUUCUGCAGGAGCAGGCCUCUCGACUACAGCAGGAGAGAGAGAUGGAGAUGUACAGAAUCACAGAAGGCCUGCAGAGAGAAAAACACAGCUUGAUGAAACAGUUAGAUCUACUCAGAGAAAUGAAUAAACAUCUACGAGAUGAGCGAGACAUUAGCUUUCUGAAACGCAGCAAUUCGAUGAAGAAAUCCUCACGCAAGCACAGACUGAGCGCAGCUUCAAUAAAAUACUCUGAGAGGAAACCAUCCGUCAAAAAAGAAGCUGAUGAAGAGGAAGUGACUCAGCGCUCUAACCGGAAGACCACCUCUUUAGCAAACAGUCAAUGUUCACCCUUCACCGCAGGGGAUGAUGGGAAGCCGGAGGUGGAUGUGCAAUCUCAGAAGGUGUCUGUGGACUCAGAAGGUGUAAAUGACAGAGGGGAUGUGGAGGAUGCGCCACCGGAUGGUUGGCCUCUACGCAGAGUCAUAUCCAUCGAGGAGGACCACCUCCCCCACCUGUUACAAGGAGACCAUCACCUUCUUCUGCAUCAGCUCAGCGAGGAAGAAGAAGAGCGAGCCGCAGAGGAAGAAGGUCAGGGGGAUCUAGAGACGAGCUCCCUCUACCCGUCCAAUGCGUCUCUGGCCUCUGCUGACUCUCCACCACCAGUUAGGGUGAAGAAGCCGUCGAAGAAGAAGUGGAUCAGAGGAAACAUGCCCUCGUCUGCACGGGGUCAGCCUGUCGGAAAGGAGACCCACCAGCAGGGUCCAGCAGAAGGUGCUGCCGCAUCCCCUCAACGCCUCUUUAAGGUCAUUUUGGUGGGAAACUCCAGUGUUGGUAAAACCGCACUGCUGCGACGCUUCUGUGAUGGACAGUUUCAUUCAGCCACCUCAGCCACUGUGGGCAUUGACUAUAGUGUGCGGACUCUGAAUUUGGGGGACAGUCUUGUUGCUCUUCAGCUAUGGGACACUGCAGGCCAAGAAAGGUAUCGCAGCAUUACCAAGCAGUUUUUCCGCAAGGCAGAUGGCGUGGUGGUCAUCUACGACAUAACAAUGGAGGACAGUUUCAGAUCAGUCCGCCCCUGGCUGACCAGCAUACAGGAGGCCGUAGGCGACCCUAUCCCUGUCAUGCUCCUGGGCAACAAAUCGGACCAGGAGAAUGAGCGAGAAGUGCAGACAAAAGAGGCUGAUAUGCUUGCAGAGGAAACAAACCUGAUGUUUUACGAGUGCAGUGCUUAUACUGGAGCUAAUGUGUUGGAGGCCAUGAUACAUCUGGCUAGAGUCCUGAGGGAACAGGAAGACAGAGUAUGGGUGAACACGGUCAGACUGGUGGAUCAACCACUGAGGAAGAAAUCCUGCUGCAAGUGACCACACACACACACAUAUGGGUGAAAUCACUGCGUUUUAUGUAUCAUCAUCAGACCUUAAACUCAAUGUAAAUAGUUUAAUGUUGGCUGAAAGAGUGCAGAUUCAAGCACUAAUAGUGUAAUGUGUAAAAAUGUCCAAUUGUCAAAGAGCAUAUAGCUCUGAGCUCAUCUGUUAUGUAGAGGAAGUAUAUAUUAGUCACAGGACACCUUAUCACACCUCAUUUAAAAUAUCUUUGUACAUAUUCUAUUUUGUUAACAAUACAAACCCAUUCUUUUUUAAUGGAGUGUAGUAAAACAAGUGUAAAAACACAUUUAACCAGGAAAGAACAAAGUCAUUUAGGAAAAAAAUGUGAUUGUUUGUUACUUUCCAUUUAUUUAGCAUUACAAUAGCCUCAUUCAGUCCACCUAAAGUACUAGCACCAUGAAACCUAGAUUUCAAAAUGGCCAGUAAAAACCGUUUGCAGUUCAGUUCAGUUGAACAUCAAUAAGCACUAAAAUCUUCGAUGUUAUAGAGGGAAGAACAGUCGUGGUGUGCCUUCUUUAUCUGAACUGCUCUGUGACCAUCUUGUUUUACACAAAGGAGUAAACAGUUGCUUCAAUCAGGUUGUACGUGAGAUUUUGGACAUUUAAACAAGCUCAAAUCCAACAUUAAUGUUACUCUAAAAUAACAAAUCUUGUAUUUGAUUAUAAUUUAGCUGCUCUUAGAGGUUCUUUAGAAUAAUCUUAGUGAAGCCUGAAUGAAUUGAAAUAAAAGCAAAGGCAGAAAACAUGCCCAGUAAACUCAAUACUAACCCAAUAAAUAUAACACAAUAAAAUGCACUUAAACAUAAGCUAAACUCUUCAUUUAUGCAUCCAAACUGAAGCCUUUGUUCUAUGAGGCAUUGUACGAUUUCACAUUGGCAUACACUUUUCUAUCUUAUGUGGUUGAAUAAACACAAACUUUGACAUUC